AAGCCCCUCCCCCUCUGCGACGCGUCUAGCGCGAAUGAAGCGAAUAACUGAACACUGCAUCACUAGCUGGGCUCUGACUCAGCUCCAUACAGGGACACCACCAACAAAGUCAAAUGGCCUCGCUGAUGUUUCCAGCCGCUCGCUGAGGCAAUGUUGCGCGAUCUGCUCUGCAUGCCACGGGGACAUUUCCUGCUUGUGUCAGCACUACUGGUGGGGGGGAGACCGCCGCACUUCAUAUCAUUCAACUUCAACCAACCAUCCUCGUAACAACAUGACACAGUUCUGGAAGGAACACUCCAAGGCCGCCACAGUGGAGGAGAUGAUGCUGGACACUCGGGCCAAGGAGCUGACUCAGCAGGAGCUGCCUGAGAUCCUGUCCAUGCUGCCCUGCCUGGCUGGAUUCAGACUGCUGGAGCUGGGAGCUGGCAUCGGUCGUUACACCAGCCACCUGCUGACGAAGGCCGCCCAUGUGACGGCUGUGGACUUCAUGGAGAGCUUUGUGGAGAGGAACAGGCAGGACAAUGGUCACCAUAGCAACGCUACCUUCAUCCAAGCUGACGUCACAAAGCUGGAUUUACCCCAAAACAGCAUUGACUGCAUCUUCUCUAACUGGCUGCUGAUGUACCUGAGCGACGCAGAGCUAAAGUGCUUCAUAGAGAAGGCGAUGGGCUGGCUGCGGCCCGGUGGCUUUCUUUUCUUCCGAGAGUCCUGCAACCACCGGUCAGGUGACUCCAAGAGGGACUUCAACCCCACCUGCUACCGCACUGAGGCACAAUACAGCCACAUCGUAUCAUCACUACAGGUGGAGGAGUCAGAGGGGAGCCAGACGUUUGGUUUUGACAUUGUGUUGAAAAAGAAAGUUCAGGCCUAUGUUGAGAUGAAAAACAAUCCAAAUCAGAUCUGUUGGCUCCUGGAGAAGGUUCCCCGCUCCUCGAGCACCCAGAACGGAUUCAACACCUUCCAGCAGUUCCUGGACAACCAGCAGUACACUAACCGCGGCAUCCUGCGCUACGAGAAGAUGUUCGGGGCGGGUUACGUCAGCACAGGCGGGCCCAGCACCACCAAGGAGUUUGUGGACCUGCUGAAUCUGAAGCCCGGACAGAAGGUUCUAGAUGUCGGCUGUGGCAUUGGGGGAGGAGAUUUCUACAUGGCAAAGAUGUUUGGAGUGGAGGUGCUUGGGCUGGACCUGUCAGACAACAUGGUGGAAAUCGCCAUGGAGAGGGCCAUCACUGAGAACUUGCCAUCAGUCCAGUUUGAGGUGGCUGAUGCCACUAGGAGGUCGUUCUCUGAAGGAUCCUUUGAUGUGAUCUACAGCAGAGACACAAUCCUGCACAUAGAUGACAAACUCGCCCUCUUCAAACGCUUCCAUUCAUGGUUAAAGCCAGGUGGAAAGUUGCUUAUCAGUGAUUACUGUGGCGGGGAGAAGCCCUGGACACCGACGUUCGAUGCCUACGUCAAACAGAGAGGCUACGUCCUCUACACACCCUCACAGUAUGGCAAGUACCUUCAGGAAGCUGGUUUCUGCAAUGUUCAGUCAGAAGACCGGACAGCCCAGUUCAUCCAGGUGAUAAAGACCGAGCUGCAGCGAGCAGAGCUCAUCAAGGAAGAAUUCGUUCAGGAAUUCUCUGAAGAGGACUUUUUUGCAAUAGUGAAUGGAUGGAGGGAAAAACUGAAACGUUCCAACAGUGGAGACCAACGAUGGGGACUUUUUUAUGCAACAAGGGAUUGAGUGAUUGCAAUACGAUUUGAGAAGAUAAUAAAAGAAAAAAGGGAAUGUUUCUUUUCUGAUUU